UUUUGAGAAAUAAUUCAAGUUUAUGCAAACAAAAAAUUAUUUAAAUAAAAUCUUAAAUGCACAAUUAAUCUCAAAAUAACCGCUAUUUUUUAAACUGAUUCAACACAAAAUAUAAAAUAUGGAAACACUGCACCAAAAUUAAAAAAUAACUGGUGUUUUGCAAAAAAAUAAAUAGGUCAUUGCACUCUAUUAGGCUGUUGACCCCUAAAGCUGUUCAUUUGUUUAAAUCACUUGGGCUAAGAAGGGAGAGUGGUUGUAUUACAUGAAGAAAUUCUUUAAUUUUAUAAUUACUUACUGGGAUCCAAGUAUUUCUGCUUGAUAGAUUGACUCCACGAUUGAAGCAUCAUAAGCCGAAAAUAUGAUGUUUGAUCCACCUGACUAUCCCUACAAAGAAUUAUCCGAAACUUAUGAUCCAGAUGACUUGCUGUUCACUAACGUUACUGAUUGUAAUGAAACACUAACGAAUAAAAAUACACAAGACGUAACCACAAUAAUGAACACAGUGGAAAAUCAUUUAACUUUUCAUUCAAACGACUCCGGAAGAUUUUUCAAUGUAGAAAACUCUUCUUACUUCCAAGAAAAUAAUUUGAACUUGGUUCAAAACACAGAACUGUACAUUGUACAGUCGGAUAAUUUGUUUAAUUACGAACCAACAUUACUUGAUGAAAAUACUGUAAAUCAAUUUUUACUACCUCUGCAGGGUUCUUCAGAGAAAUCUCAGACAAGUGAAAGCACCGGGCCGGACUUACUAGCUCUGCAUUCUUGUGUGAUAUGUCAUGAGAUAUUUACGACUGAAGCCGAUCUUCUGGACCACACUAUAUCGUUCCACACUUCUGAUAAUUCUGUAGGGCAACUUGAAAGUACCUUGUUACCUACUGAACAAGACAAAAUUGAAACCAGAAAUGUUCAAGGAGCUACUCAAAACAAUGAAAACUUUGAGACAGAGUGGCUCGUGUGCCGAAUGUGUGAACGUGUGCUAUCGACCGCUCUGGAAGUUGAGCCCACGGAACAACUAUGCUGCAUCUCCUCCGACGGGAAGAGUAACGUGGCAUCUCGGAAACUGUACACAAUGUACGUCUGCGACUUCUGCAGCGGUCUCUUCGCGGACGGCGAUGCUCUCGACAAACACCGACUCACCUGCUUCAUUGAAGAUCAGAAUCAUUAUUAUGAGGAACAAAGUGAGAACUGCACCUUAAAUGCAAACACCCAUCUUGGUCCCAUCGUUUGUUACGCAUGUGACAUUUGUGGUAAGCAGUAUGGGUCUACCGAGGAGUUGAAGAUCCAUUCAAUGGAGUGCCAUAAGCCUCCACCUACCAGGGCAACACGACGAAGCUACACAAACAGCGGCAACAGUAAAAUGUGGAAUUGUGGUUCUUGCAACCAACUUUUCGCAACUGCCAGAGAGUUGUACCGCCACAAGCGUGGGGAGGACCGUCCCCCAGGCGCUCCUCUGAUGGCCUACGUGUGCGAGGAAUGCGACAAAGUGCUGGGCAGCAUGUGCGCACUGCAUACGCACAAGAAAAUGCACAAAGUUACUAAACCAGGAUACCCUUGCCGUGUCUGCGGAAGACGCUUCAACCAGUCAGGACACCUAGCCAUCCAUAUGAGGAUGCACACUGGAGAAAGGCCUUACCCCUGUGAUCUAUGCCCGAAAGCUUUUAAAGUCAAGGUGGAGCGCGACGACCAUCGCAGGACCCACACUGGCGAGAAACCCUUCGCAUGCACAGCUUGCCCCAAGACGUUCACAGCGGCCGCACGGUUGCGUGAGCACGCACGAAUUCACACAGACCAAAGGCCAUACCGCUGUGACAUUUGUGGUGCAGCGUUCAGAAGACCGUACGCCCGCACCGUGCACACCCUCAUACACACUGGAGAGAAACCUCACGAAUGUGAUAUCUGCGGAACUGCCUUCAGACGAUCAGGUGACAUGUGGAAGCAUAAGAGAACUUUACACGGUGUCCAGGCAGUCUCCAUCGACUCAGAGUUCAAAAAGUGAGAAAAAAAAUCAGCGCCAUGUUGUUCGAGCCUAGUUCUAAAAUGUUGUCAAUAGGUGUCGCUAGGUGUACUAAACUAGGGGAGAAACUUCAUUCAAGCGCUCGGCAGUACCAAACUUAGAAUUAUAUUUUUUAAAGUUUUUAAACUUAUUGUUAUUGUGAA